CACACAAAAUUAAAAACCCCCCAAAUAAUAAACCUUCAAGGAAUCCAACGUCUUAUACAACUCCAUUCGCCAAACUCAAUGCUUUCCUUGUGGCGGAAAAGGACGGAAAAAAACCUGCGACAUCUACAACUCGGAGAACAAGUUCGAAGAAAAAGCCGAUCAUGUGUUUAGGGUUUUCUUGCCAACACCGAUCUGUUUUGUGAGAGCUGCUUGUAAUGAUGUCAAGACCCAUGCUGCUCGUUUUUCUGUUGAUUAUGCUCAUAAUCACUUCUCAAUUUGAGUGGAAACAACAACUUGUGAUUGACCUUGACCCAACUCCGGCCAUCUCAAAGAAGCAGCACCAAAUUUCAAAGAGGGAAGAAGCUGUAAAAGAGAAGGUCAUUUUAUCACAAGAGAAGCACAUUCAUCGGCUAAAUGAACUUGUGCGGAGUCUCCGAGAACAAUUGCAGCUGUGCAGACACAAUAAUGAGACUACAAACGGCAAUGAAAGCCCUUUGACUGAACAUGUUAUUGAGCUUGAACGACAGCAGAUCCUGGAAAACUAGAGUUCUUGUUGACAUUUACCGUAUAUCUCCAAAAAUUGUAUAACCACUCUUUCUUCCUCGAGGUUUUGUAUUUAAGGGUCACCUUUGUUUGGUGUCACACUGAUUAAUAUCUUUGUAAUUAGUAUAAAGUAAAAAUUGGGUAGAAAAUUUGAGCCAGAUGGCAACCUAACCUGUUGCUGAGAUAUGAAACCCUAUUAUGUAAGUGCAUUUAUUGGAUCAACCUAAAAGGGUUGCAAACAAAACAUGAGAUGUACACUA